AUGACACUGCUCCAGUCGGAAGCUUUCCCGGCUAUUUACCGCCUAGCUCACUCGGGUCCAGUCGGCAAACGAAAGAUCGCCUUUGCGACGCGCAUUUUGACGAUUUGCUUUGCGAUUGUCCAAGCUAUGACGGUGAUCCAGCAGUUCCGAAUUAGUCAGCACGUUGAACUUCUGGCGCCGGCCGAUAACGUCUGGUACCAGUACUUAGUCAUUCCGCUGAUUCUUUUAGCCGGCUCUUUGUUCUCGCUGUUUUUGGGCGAGCAAAUUACUUCCCGCGGAGCGGGCAACGGAAUUUCUUUGAUUAUCUUCUCGGGGAUCGCGGCUGAUUUGCCGGCCAAGAUCCGCCUUGCUUACAGCUAUUUUGUCUCAACUAGUCAAGGCGGUUCGUUUGUCGGCGGCAUGAACUUUAUCGUUCACUUCAGCGUUUUUGCCGGCUUAAUUUUCAUCGUUACUUUCUUUCACAAAGCCGAGCGUCACAUUCCGACUCAGCAAACGGGUAGCGGACUGACGCGCGACGUUAAACAAAUGUCGCAUUUACCGAUGAAAGUUAACCCAGCCGGUGUUAUGCCAGUCAUUUUUGCGAUGACAAUUUUACUUUUACCGCUCACGAUCACUGGUUUUCUCCACCACCAAGAUCCAGCCCGUCAGUGA